AUGCUCAAUCGACGACUGGAACACCAGAACUUUUCUUUUGACCUGGACACUUGGAAGCGCCCCAAAUGCAGCCAUGUUCUCAACUUACAUCCAGCAGAGACUAGGCGAAGUAGUUUGGAGAAAGUUCGAGAGGCGUUGGUCUUGUUGGCGGCGGUGGUUCGCGUGGAUAAUGCGGCAAUCUACUAUCUUUUGAAAAACUGUUGCGAAGUGAAGACAGAUUUGUUAGGCGGAGUGGACAGCAUUUUCCCACUUAAUUUCGCGAUUGUGAACAUCGACAAGGCUGUUGGUAUCAGCUCGUGGAGUUGUGUGGAACGAAGCAGAGGAACAAUCCACGCGUGGGUGCCCUAG